UCGCAGCGGGCGUCGAAUAGCAAAGUGCCAUUGUGCCAGAAGGAAAUGGCCAUUUCUGGUUCCUUCCUGCCCGUCAUCACUGAGCAGAUCAGCAAGCUGAGCUGAGAGGAGCAGAGCCCGCUUCUGUUGACAAACUGUUUUCCACGGCACCUCUUGUGCUGUUCCAAUGGCAGCCCGUUGCGAAUCCGCCAUUGUCACGACCUUUCGACCUCUUCUAGAGCCACCCUCUGACCCCCCAAGCAUUAACUUAUUCCCCCAAUAGCCUAAUAUUAUAUACCCUCAGCUGCUCAAUGUCUCAAGCUUGGAAGGUUCGCAGGUUCAUGGCGGGUGUCUCGAAUUCGCUGUCGCUGAAGCACGGGCUUUCUCUGUGGUGCCCGAGUUCCGGUUCGCUUGAUCGAGCUCCUCUGCAGCCUUGGUCCGUCGGAUUCAGAAGCUUCCGGAGGAGCUAUGUUGCUGCAUCGUCUGCUUUCGCCAAUGAGAAUCGGGAGUUUGUGAUAGUUGGUGGAGGGAAUGCUGCCGGUUAUGCAGCUCGGACUUUUGUUGAACAUGGCAUGGCCGACGGAAGGCUCUGUAUUGUGUCAAAAGAAGCACAUGCACCAUACGAGCGUCCUGCUCUAACGAAAGCGUACUUAUUUCCGUUAGACAAAAAGCCUGCUCGGUUGCCUGGUUUUCAUACUUGUGUUGGCUCUGGUGGAGAAAGGCAAACUCCCGAUUGGUAUAAAGAGAAAGGGAUAGAGAUGUUAUAUGAAGACCCUGUGACAGGAAUUGAUAUCGAAAAGCAAACAUUGACUACUCAUUCAGGCAAACUUCUUAAAUAUGGAUCACUUAUUAUUGCAACUGGAUGUACUGCCUCGAGAUUCCCAGAAAAAAUUGGUGGAAAUCUUCCUGGAGUUCACUAUAUUCGAGAUGUUGCAGAUGCUGAUUCCCUUAUAUCAUCGUUGGAAAAAGCAAAGAAGGUGGUGGUUGUUGGUGGGGGUUAUAUUGGUAUGGAGGUCGCUGCAGCGGCUGUUGGUUGGAAACUUGAUACAACAGUCAUUUUUCCAGAGGAUCAUCUGUUACAAAGACUCUUCACCCCUUCUCUUGCCCAAAGAUAUGAGAAACUUUACCAAGACAAUGGUGUGAAGUUCAUGAAGGGUGCCUCCAUUAAAACCUUAGAAGCUGGUUCUGAUGGACGUGUCUCUGCUGUUAAACUUGGAGAUGGAUCAAUAGUAGAAGCAGACACAGUAGUUAUUGGUAUUGGGGCUAAACCUGCAGUCAGUCCUUUUGAGGCAGUUGGUUUAAAUACCUCAGUUGGCGGCAUACAGGUUGAUGGACAGUUCCGAACAAGUGUUCCUGGAAUCUUUGCAAUUGGAGAUGUAGCAGCAUUCCCGUUAAAGAUGUAUGAUCGCAUUGCUCGAGUUGAACACGUCGAUCAUGCGAGAAGAUCAGCACAACACUGCAUCAAAGCUUUAUUGAGUGCACAGACUCACACAUAUGAUUAUCUCCCGUACUUCUACUCAAGGGUAUUUGAGUACGAAGGGAGCCCUAGGAAAGUUUGGUGGCAGUUCUUCGGGGACAAUGUUGGCGAAGCAGUUGAAGUCGGUAACUUCGAUCCAAAGAUUGCUACUUUCUGGGUAGAUUCUGGUAAACUGAAAGGCGUCCUUGUGGAAAGUGGAAGUCCUGAGGAAUUCCAACUACUACCAAAGCUUGCGAGGAGCCAGCCCCCGAUCGAUAAGGCCAGACUCCAGAACGCUUCUUCAGUGGAGGAGGCCCUCGAAAUCGCUGGCUCAUCCAUGGUCAUGGAAUCAUAAUCUGCAGCUUAAUUAGUUCAGAAUUAUUCUCGCUCCCGGCUAUUAAUUUUUCAGUUCCUUUUACUCAGAAUUUUGCGAUGCCCGAGAGAUAAUCUAUCAUGAAAUAAUCAUCCGUUCAUUUCAGUUUAUAAGAGGGGAGGAAGAGAAAUAAAAUUAAGCACAUAUUAAUCGGUGCAGUCACUGCCUGUGGGAUAUUUGGGAGACCCAUUGAUUUGAUCAAUGGAUGAUUUUAGAUUUCCUCAGUUAUUUAAGCUUGCGGUUGUUUUUCGAGUUAGAAAAUGAUCCAAUUUUACUUGAUUUUGUGUAAUGAUUGUAAAUAUUAAUAAAUAUAUUGAUACAUAAGAA